UUCCUGAAUUUCUGUAGCAGAACUCAAUUCUGAUCCAAAUUCUGAUCCACCUCUCCCAUUCCUCCAAAUUCUUAUCCAAAUUAAUGUCUCUUUUCCUGUUAUUAUAGCUUUGUUCACCUACGAUAUUCUUUGAAUUCCUUUAUAAAUCAGUCAAGUUAAGAACCCAAAUACACAGAACUUAAGAUGGAAUUUUGGAGAGUUAAGGAAAUUUCAAAGUGGUUUGUGAAACCAAAAUAUUCAGUUUCGGAAUCAAAAAAGCCAUACCACUUAGGUCCACUAGAUCUAGCCAUGCUUUCUUUCCAUUACAUCCAAAACGGUCUUCUCUUCAGCAAACCUUCCCAUCUAAAUGGCCAUGAAUUUUCAAUAGACUCAUUCCUUGAAAGUCUUAAAGAAUCCCUUUCUCAUACCCUAAUCCAUUUCUAUCCUUUAGCUGGUCAGCUUGUUAUACAAGUUGAUGAAGCCAAGCAUGAAUGUUGUGUCUUUGUUGAUUGUAACAAAGGCCCUGGAGCUCAGUUUAGCCAUGCCACAGCUUUAGAUAUAACUGUUGCUGAUGUUCUGUCACCAAAUAAUGAUAUUCCUUUGAUAGUUGCAUCAUUUUUUUAUUACAAUGAGCCUGAGGUGGCUGUAAACUAUGACGGCCAUUUUAAACCAUUGUUAUCAGUACAGGUUACAGAGCUCCUAGAUGGAGUCUUUAUCGCAUGUUCAAUUAACCAUGCUAUUGCAGAUGGAACUGCAUAUUGGCACUUUUGGAAUGUAUGGUCUGAAAUACAUAGAGCCAAAGACAAAGGAUACUUAAUUCCUGUAUCGCGUUUGCCAAUUCAUAACCGGUGGUUUCCUGAUGGAUGUGUUCUGCCCAUCACCCUCCCAUUUACUCGACCAGAAGAGUUUAUAAGGAGAUUUGAUACUCCUCAACUCCGAGAAAAGGUCUUCCAUUUCUCAUCUGACUCUAUUAACACCAUUCGAGCCAAAGCAAAUAAGGAAAGUACAGGCAGCAGCAUGAUGAUUUCUACAUUCCAAGCCCUGUCUGCACUUGUCUGGAGGUCUAUCGUUCGAGCAAACUGCCUACCUCAUGAUCAAAUUCUAUAUAAUUACAUGUUUGCCAGUAACAGGCAUAGAUUAAACCCACCUUUACCUCAAAAUUAUUUCGGAACUUGUAUUAAAGGAAUCACCACGAAAACUACAGCAGGUGAAUUACUUAAAAACAACUUAGGAUGGGCAGCAUUAUUGUUGCACCAGUCAGUUGUGAGUCUGACUGACAAAGCUGUGCGUGAGUUUGUUAAAGAAUGGUUAGAAUCUCCUUAUUGCUACCAUCACAGAGAUCUGCAUGACUAUAACACAGUAGCUAUGGAACAUUCACCAAGAUUUAACAUGUAUGGCAAUGAAUUCGGAAUAGGAAAACCGAUUGCAGUCCGUGGUGGACGUGGAAAUAAAGCUGUGGGAGUUGUGAAUGCUUACCCUGGAUAUCAAGGGACUGGAAGUGUAGAUCUAGAGAUAUGUUUGCCGCCUGAUUCAAUGAGAGCUCUCCAAACAGACCAAGAAUUUAUGGCUGCAGUCUCAUCACCACCCAAACUAAUACUAUAAGGACUCAUUUUGUAAGCCCACUUGUUUGUUGUUGCCCAGCUCUAUAAUUCUUUUGCUACAAUUGCAAUAAACUUCAUUAAUCGUA